CAACGAUACACACAGUGCGCAUCGCCAAAUAGGAGAGCUGUGGGAAGGCUGGGAUCGAGCCAAGUCUCAGUGAGUACCACAACAUCAUAGUCCGCUUCUAACACAGUUAAACGGAACUCAUCAGCUUUGGAUCGUAAACCUCGCACAUUCUGAUAGUAUACAGUUAUAGACGUGGAACGGACAUUGAGUGGUAUGCGUGUGUAAGUUGGUGCAAGGUCAUCGGUGAGAGAUCGUGUCGUUGACGUGUUGUUAUUUCGUGUAAACAAAUGACUAGUCAGAUUCAGUUGCACAGUGCCUUUUGAGGAAACAGUUGUGUGAUUAUUACUUAAGAAAAAAGUGUUGAAUAGUAGUUUGGUGCAUCUUAACGGUGUUUGGUGUGGCUGUAGUUGUUUUUGGUGGAGCAGGCGAUAUUAAGGUACAAUUCAUAUCGGGUGAUAAUUGUACAGGGUGCAUCGGGCUAUGUCGAACAGGUAUAGGUGUGUUUGUGUUGGUAAGAUCAGGACGAUGGUGAGACGGCCUUUGCGGGAGUGAGAUAAACUCACGCACACCGAGCCCGACCGGCCAAGAUCCUGCGCAAACUAAAAGCGAUGACGUCCGUGGUGUCCAACUGUGAUUUUACCAUCGACACUACCUGGUCAACAGUGACGGUUUUGGCUAACCUAGAUAGAUGUAGCCACAUAUAGUUUGUUCUUGGUAGUUGUGACACGGUUGGGAUCGACGUGGUGGUGGUAUCGGUUCCUGUUAUUAUUGGUGUUAACGCUAGGGUUAUCACACAGCAGACUGUGUGAUAACAACACAGCAGUCAGAGCGCGGUAUGAGCAUACGCGUUAUAUGGAUUUGAGGUGGGCGGUGCAAACUCACGAACAAGAGCGCGGACUUAUCACUGGAGAGAGGCCGCGUGUUUUUUGACAGAUAAGCCAUAGAGAUAGCGAAGAAAACAAGUGAAUAAAUAAACGAGAAUAUAAAAACAGAGUAAGACAUACAUUUAGUUUACAGUUUUAUUUCAUACACCAGAAAUUCCGAAUGCAGUAUCCUGCGCAAUCAUUGGUCCUUCGAACCGGAUUUCUGGACAUAAAAAAAAAAAACUGUAAAAUUUUGUGUAUCGAGGUUCUUAACCUCAAUCACGCGUUGCGUAAGUGAAGUGAAACACAUGCUUCUAAUACACUCUGUAUUGUAGAAAAAGAAAAAAAAAAGUCUGCUGAAUAUUUGCUGGUUGGUGAGAUGGCUACAGAAACGAAGAAAACCCAAGCGACGAUUGUGACGCUGCGAUCCCGAGCCCAGAUGCGAGCAACAGAAGAGUUUAUUAACGGGUUCAACGAGGAGAAGGCGAAUCAACUGGCAGAGAGGUUAUCCAAUUUGGAAGCAGUUUGGAAGGCGUAUGAAGCGGCUCAGUUGAAGCUGGAAUCGUACGAGGAAGAUGAUAAGCUGCUGAAUGAAUUGUUCGACGCACGGAACGCGUUUUAUGACAGGUAUUGUUCAGCUAAAGGUUUUUUUAACGUCACGUAAAACCAUGGCAGUCUCUGAUCUGGAUGUCACGGAUACGGGGAAAGGCACAAAUCUGGCUAAUUUACGUCUACCUAAGCUGGAUCUGCCUACUUUCGAUGGUAACACGACGGAUUGGCUCAGUUUUAAGGAUCGAUUUGUGUCCAUGAUCGAUGAGGCAGAGGACAUGCCUUCCGUAAUGAAGCUGCAGUACUUGUUGUCAGUGCUAAAGGGUGAAGUGUCAAAACGUUUCCAGCAUGUGCAGCUUACAGCCGACAAUUACAGCAUAACAUGGCAAGCGCUAUUAGAUAGGUAUGAUAACAAACGGGCACUAAAGCGUGAAUAUUUUAAGGCCCUGCAUGCCAUUCUGCCGAUGAAGGGCGAGUCGACUGAAGAGUUACGCCGGGUUUUCGAUGAAUUUACUAGGCUGGCCCAAGGAAUGAGUGCGUUGAAAGAGCCCAUAGGACAAUGGGAUACACCGCUGUGCAAUCUGUUGUUUUAUAAGUUGGAUGGUAGAACCUUAUUGGCUUGGGAAGAGUAUACUAGUAAGGAUCAGGAAGAUUUGUAUACCAAGUUGCAAGAGUUUUUACAAAGACGGCUGAGAAUCCUUAGUGCAACAGUUCAAUCGACCUAUGAAGUAUCAAGAUCGAGUGUGGGAAAGGUAGCCGGCGUGAAGCAGCAUAAGGGUAUUGUGUGUGUUAGCACCGUGCCACCCGCUAUCCUCCGCUGUUAUGCAUGUGCACAACAACACUACUUACAUCAAUGUGAAAUGUUUAAAGGAAUGCAAGUAGCUCAACGUGAGGAGGUUAUCACAUCGAAUAAGCUGUGUCGGAAUUGUUUUCGAGUUGGACAUAUAGCCCUGCGAUGUAAUUCGAAAUUUAAAUGCCACAAGUGUCAUCAGCGCCACCACACACUCUUACAUGUCGAUCCGAUUGUGCAAAAUCCAUCUCCAGAUAACAUUGUGGUUGCAAAUACUGCCGCAUCGGGAAAUACUAUUGUUUUACUACAAACCGCGUUGGUACAGGUGAUAGAUGAUAAUGGAAGAAUGUUUGAUGCAAGAGCAUUGUUGGACUCUGGUUCGAUGUCCAAUUUCAUCUCGACGGCUCUUGCAAAUCGUUUAACUAAUCGCAAAUGUUCUGCUAGCGUAUCUAUUUUAGGUAUUGGCCAACGAGAAAAUCAUAUUCAUGAAGCAGUAGAUGUGAUCGUGGCAUCCAAGACGCAGCAAUUCAGCACAAAGCUAAAUUUUCUCAUUUUAGAUUCACCUACCGCACAGCUUCCCACUAUGGAGGUGAAUACAAAUGAAUGGAAGAUUGAAGGAUUAGUACUAGCCGAUCCAUUCUUUUACAAGCCAGGCCAGAUUGAUCUACUUAUCGGUGGAGAAGCAUUCUGGGCCAUUCACAUGAACGAACGAAUCGGUGUUGGGUCUGAUAAGCCAGUAUUUGUGAAUACUAAGUUUGGAUGGACAGUUGCUGGAUCGACUUCAGCAACAAGCCAGAAUCGUCACGUGUCAACAAAUGCAGUUGUGCGUCAGGACACGUUAGAAUCGACCAUCCGGCGAUUCUGGGAAAUAGAUGCUUUACCAUCCUCAUCCUCGGCUUCAGACGAAGAUCCAUGCGAGACAUUCUUCUCCGAAACUACUUCUCGCAACAACGAAGGAAGAUUAGUUGUCAGAUUGCCGAAAGUAAAAACAUCAAGAAUCAGUCUAGGGGAGUCCAAAAGUAUAGCACAAAGAAGAUUCUUCAACACCGAACGUAGACUACAGAAGAAUCCUGAAGUAUACGAGCAAUAUCGAAUGUUCCUAAAGCAAUACGAAGAGUUGGGACACAUGGAAUUACUUGCAGAGCCUGUAGAUGAUAGUAUGGUCCAUUGUUACUUACCGCAUCAUCCAGUGUUGAAGGAGUCCAGUUCAACGACGAAAGUAAGAGUAGUUUUUGACGCGUCGUGUAAAACUACAUCAGGGUACUCCUUAAAUGAUGCGCUUCAAGUUGGUCCAACUGUUCAAGUAGAUCUUUUCUCGCUGAUUGUUCAUUUCCGGACUCAUCGAAUCGCUAUUAGUGCAGAUGUCGAAAAAAUGUAUCGACAGGUUAUGGUACAUGUUGAUGAUCAGCCAUUACAGAGAAUUGUAUGGCGUCCAAGUGCUGCAGAAGAGCUUAGAAGCUACCAAUUAAAGACUGUUACUUAUGGAACAGCUUCUGCUCCAUUUCUAGCAACCCGAGCUUUAAAGCAAAUUGCCCUCAAUGCAGCUGAUAAAUACUCAAUCGAAGCACACGCCAUCACGAACAAUUUCUAUGUCGACGACUUUCUAUCUGGUGCUAAUGAUGAGGAGUCUGCUGCUACGUUGCAGAAAAACGUAUCCAACUUAUUACAGCAGUAUGGGUUUGUUCUAAGAAAGUGGGCAUCGAACUCGAAACGCGUCCUAGACGAUAUCGCAGAUGAAGAUUUAGCAACCCCACGUUGUCACAAUCUAGGAACUGAUCCUGCUAUCACUACUCUGGGACUUGUAUGGUUCCCUGGAAGCGAUAAUUUCAGCUACAAUUUCAAGAAUGUCGCAUUGCCUCCAACUAUUACCAAACGCACACUUCUAUCAGCUGUUGCUAAAAUAUUUGACCCUCUGGGGCUGGUUGGACCUGUUGUGUGUAAGGCAAAAUUACUAAUGCAACAGGCUUGGACAUCUAUCGACCCAAUUACUGGUAAACCUAUUGAUUGGGAUGUUAAUCUUCCAACAAAACUGCAACAUGCUUGGAAGGCCUUUCAACAAACGAUUCAUAUUGUGGAGAAUUUAAACAUUCCACGCUACGUUUUUGGGAAUGCAGGUUUAGACAAAUGCGAAUUUCAUAUAUUUGGCGAUGCCUCCGAAAAGGCUUACGGUUCCUGUUGCUACAUACGUGCUCCUUCAGAGUCAGGGGUUUCAAUUCAUCUACUAGUGGCAAAGUCUAAAUUGGCUCCUGUUAAAACUCAUCAUUCCAUUGCCAAGCUUGAAUUGUGUGCUGCAUUAUUGAGUGUGCAACUUUAUGACAAAAUAUCGACUGCAUUAAGAUUCAAUCCUACGAAGAUUAUAUUUUGGAGCGAUUCUACCACAGUUUUGCAUUGGUUAAACGCAUCACCAUGUCGAUGGAAGACAUUCGUAGCAAAUCGUACUACACAAAUAUUAGACGCUACGAACAUUAACCAAUGGAAACAUAUAGCGGGGAUUGAUAAUCCAGCAGAUUAUAUCUCCCGAGGUUUAGAUCCAACGGAUCUAUUAGACGCAGAGAGAUGGUGGUUUGGACCAUCAUGGCUUUCUUUACCAGAAGAUCAAUGGCCAGUAGGUCAUUUCACUCCUUGCGAGAAUGCCGACAUACUAGAAGAACGUCGUAAUACAACCAUGUUGGCAUUAGCAGCCGUUGCAGCAACAUUCUCUGAUGAAUUAUUUGCCAAAUAUUCAUCAUAUACUAAGCUUCGACGCGUUUUUGCAUACUGUUGCCGGUUGCUAGUUAAAACGAAACAUCGUAAAGGAGCGAAGGUCUGUGUAGAAUUUCCUGAAGAUACUAAUCCCAAAUGGUUAUCGACAGCGGAAUUACAUCUCGCAGAAGUAAACUUAUGUUUAUUACAUCAACAACAAAUGUUCCCAGACGAACUACAUGCUUUGACGAAUGGAAGCUAUAUCUCACGAUCAUCGCAGUUGAGGUGGGUUAACCCAGUAUUAGGAAAAGAUGGAUUAAUUCGGGUCGGCGGACGACUUAAUUUAGCAAACCUUCCAUUGUGCACAAAAAACCCAAUCGUGUUGUCAGCGAAACAUCGAUUGACGGUUAUGCUGGUUGAAGCCUGUCACAAAAGGCAACUACAUGCGGGCCCACAACAAAUGCUCGCCUCGUUAAGACAACGGUUCUGGAUCAUAGGUGCAAGAAAUUUGAUUCGAUCGGUGUAUCAUCGAUGCGUUACAUGCUUUAAGAAACAUCCAACAUUUAUUACUCAGACCAUUGCCGACCUACCCAGCAGCAGAGUGGUUCCAGCGCCUCCGUUUUCAAUUUCAGGAGUGGACUACUGUGGACCCUUUUAUGUAAAAUUUGGAACACGGAAGACAAUACCACGGAAGGUAUACUUAUCAAUCUUUGUCUGUUUUGCGACGCGAGCAGUACAUAUCGAAGUAGUUAGUGAUUUAACUACCCAAGCCUUUAUUGCCGCGCUACAGAGAUUCAUCUCACGUCGUGGAAGGGUCAAGGAGCUACAUUCAGACAACGGCACAGCAUUUAAGGGUGCAGCAAAUCUUCUCCAUCAACUCUAUGUACAAUUGAAAACCGAUCCCAAAUCGCGAGAGAUUAUUUUCAACUGGUGUGCUGUGAACGAGAUAACAUGGAAGUUCAUUCCACCGCGAGCUCCUCAUUUUGGUGGGCUUUGGGAAGCCGCGGUAAAAUCAGCAAAGCAACAUCUACUUAAGGAGUUAGGAUCGUCAACACUGCUUUACGAUGACUUCUUGACGCUAUGUGCACGUGUGGAAAUGUGCCUCAAUUCGCGACCACUCACUCCUAUCCCCAAUUCACCUGAUGAUCUCGACGUUUUAACUCCGGGCCAUUUCAUCACUGGAUCUAACUUUCAAAUGGUGCCCGAGGUAGACGUCAAGCACAUUCCGGACAAUCGCUUAACACACUGGGGGCAUACGCAAAAGCUAAUGCAAUCAAUUUGGGCAAGAUGGUACCCAGAGUACCUCCAGCAACUUCAAGCCAGAGCUACAAAGGUAUGUAAACCACCAGUUAAGAUAGAGAUAGGACGAGUCGUAAUUCUAAAGGAAGAUCAUGUUCCACCGGGCCAAUGGCCACUUGCAAAGAUAGUAGCGCUUCACCCAGGCAAGGACAAUAUAGUGCGAGUUGUUUCAUUAAAAACGCCAGACGGAAAAACAAUUACUCGCCCAGUCGUCAGGAUAGCAUUACUCCCUAUAAAUGAGUAGUAUUAAAAUAACAUUGUUAUUUCAAGGUAGCCGGGAUGUUAACGCUAGGGUUAUCACACAGCAGACUGUGUGAUAACAACACAGCAGUCAGAGCGCGGUAUGAGCAUACGCGUUAUAUGGAUUUGAGGUGGGCGGUGCAAACUCACGAACAAGAGCGCGGACUUAUCACUGGAGAGAGGCCGCGUGUUUUUUGACAGAUAAGCCAUAGAGAUAGCGAAGAAAACAAGUGAAUAAAUAAACGAGAAUAUAAAAACAGAGUAAGACAUACAUUUAGUUUACAGUUUUAUUUCAUACAC